GUUAACUUGGAUGUUCCAUCAAUUGCUUUAAAACCUUUAUCAGAAAAGAAGAAAAAACUUAUGCAGUUUUAUGAGAUAUAGAGGGCAGAACAUAAUCUGUAUAAUAGAGGCAGAGGGUUUCUCUGAAUUCUACUCGUAUCCAGGUUGAGUAAUAUUAGUUUCUGUAGGCUAAUGGCUUCAUCGAAUAGACGGUCUUCUCGUCGGCAUGGUAGAGACAUUCCAGACACUGCGAUAGCUAAAACAUCAGAUCAGGACAUUCAAGAGAUAGGUUCACACACUGCGAUAACUAAAACAUCAGGCUGGAAACAGCAGCAACAAAAAGGUCAUCCACCAGCCGCUAAUAUUGUUCUUAUACAAAACAAUGGACAACUUCAAAUUGGAAACCACAAUAUCAUGUUUGGAGCAUUCGAAGAUUCUGAUAGUGAUGACGAAGGGAAUUUCACUCCCAGCGAGAAAGAGGAACUUCAAAAGAUACGCAAUUGCAAUGAUGAGGUAACCAGAAGUCAACUACAGGACAUUGCACAGAAAGUUGGUGACCCUUGGAGACUACUUAUGAAUUGUCUUGGCAUCCCUGGAUACAAAGUGGACCAGUGUUAUGAGGAGAAUUACCAUUCAGGCAUGGAUGAGGUUAAAUAUCAGUUACUGCGACACUGGAAGCAGCAAACCGAUGAACCAACAGUGGCCAAGUUGUUGAAAGUGCUGGAGCAAGCAAGACUGAUUCAUUUGUGGGAAUGUUUGAAACCAGAAGAGGACUAAAUGUUCCAACGAACGAUAGCGCCAGGUGUUCCAAAUGAAGUUCCUGACCCAUGUCACAGAUGAAACAUUUGCUACAAUGUCAAUUUUUCCAUCUUACACUGGUGUAGUCAGCAGGACAUCGUGUCUCCAUUCUAAUUAUACAGAGCAUAUGGAAUGGAGAACAUGCCUAAUUCUAGGCUGUGCUAUAAAUAGUUAUAUCUACUUUGAAAUAUACCUUGCAGGUUUGACAUCUGAAACCUUUAUAGCGAAUCGUGAUGUGAUACUGAACAAAAUGUUGCCUGAAACUGUACAUAAUAAUAAUUAUAAUGCUUAUUUUUUGAAAUAUAAAUACAUAAAGUG